AUGGCAGCCACAACCUUCAACGUUGGCGAACAGAUCCGGGACCAUAAACUUGUAACACCAAUCAUCAACGGCCACGGCAGUCCAGACGAUGCUGUCUUCGACGGCGGUUCUCUCGAACUGCUUCAACGCCUCUGUGCAAAUCCGACAGUCGAAACUCGCGACCAGAUCGUGGAGGAGAAUAGCUGGCAUGAUACUCCCAGCGAUCAAUCUGGCGAGAAAGCUGGAAAGUCAGGCGACCUGUCGGGCUUUCUCAUCGCAUGA